UGGUAGUUCUCUUCCCACUUCCCAUCCCCUCUCUCCUCCCGUGCACAGAACAGAUCCAUCAUCUCGUUGAAAGCUUUGCCCUUUCCUUUUCAAUUUUUAUUAUUAAUUGCGAUGGACUGACCUCGGCUCCGUUUCACUUGCAAGUUUGCUUUUUUCCUUCGAUUAUCAUGUAAGUGACUGCUUUGGUUGCUAAUAAUUCAAAAAAGGACUGCUUUUUAUUGAUGAUGGUGUAGAAAGGCCGCGUUUUUCCUGCUCUUGCUAAGCUAUUUAUUGAGGAACACGAGUGACCCUUUUGAUUGCAUCAAUUUCAAUGGCGAUAGAGUCAAAGCUGUCUCGGUGUUCGGACACUGCGGAUCGGCUGAGCAUGCUGCCAGAUGAAAUCCUCAUUCGCAACAUCCUGGUGCUCUUGCCGACGGAAGAAGCAGCAAGAACUAGCAUACUGUCGCGAAGAUGGAGGUCUCUCUGGUUGUACAUCCUGGGCUUGGAUUUUAAGGCUCCAGGAAAGCCGGUUGCAUGCGGUUGUCGUGACCAAAAACAAAUCCUCCUCCACGAAGCGGCAUCUAAGUAUGCGGACCGGGUGAAUCAACUCAUUGGCGCCUACAGGGGUGGUGCAUCCACUCUACGUCAUUUCUGCAUUAGCUUUCGCUUUGAACCGACUUUUUCUGAUGAUGUCAACUCCUGGCUUGCCUUCGCACUAGGGAAGGGAACGGAGUUGCUGGAGUUCGCUGGCCGUUGGGACAGAUUCACCAAAUGCUACAAGUUUCCCUCGAUUGAGCCCCUUUUAUCUCCCAACCUCAGAUUGCUGAAAUGCCUCACCUUGAAAUAUGUUUCAAUAAGUACUGAUUCUCUGGAUCCUAUCUUGCUGAGGUGUGAGUUCCUUGAGAGACUGCACCUUCACCAUCUGCUGUCUAGAACCCAGGUCAAUGUCACUGGUCCCAUGUCAAGAUUGAAAUACAUUGAUAUAUCCCAGGACUGCUAUUCUCUGGCCUCGAUCAUUAUAUCAGCUCCUACUCCUGACCUUGUUUCCUUGAGGUACCCGAGUUGGGUGAAGAUCUCGCCGAUCGAGCAUGCACCUCAGCUUGUUGAUCUGGUCAUUGAUGGAUGCAGGAAUUUGGAGCGCAAGAAUUUCGAGCUUCUUUCUCACCCACUUUUUUGCUAUGUUUCCCAGCUGCAGGCUAUUGACCUGGACAUACCGUGUUUUAAAAAGUUAUUACAAUGGUUGCCUCAUUUUCCUGACCUAAGCGGUCUGAGGCACCUGAAAUCGACGUUAGGAGAUGAUUGCAGGGAUAUGCAGGCCCUCCAUGGAGUUAUUUCCCUGAUAAAGGCAGCCCCAUACUUGCAACACCUUACGCUAGAUGUUGAAAACCUCAGGGAAGAGGUAAUGAUAGGCGAGGAGUCUGCUGACUUGCAUCAUAAGUAUCGACGGGUGAUUGAGAUUAUACAGUUUACUGGGCGCGAGGUAGAAUUUGCAUUUGCAGCGUACCUGAUCAAGGGUCUUUUAUCACUGGAGAAGCUUAUCAUAACUCGCCGGAGUCGAUCAUCCUACUACUAUAAGUAUCGUCCUGCAAAGAUAACAUUUGAAGAGUGGAAGAGGCGUGCCUUAGAGCUCAAGAAAAUACUGCCGUUGAAGGUGGAGGUGGUUGUUACCUAAUUUACAAGGAGAGGCAUUACCAAAAAGAAUCCACUUAGGAUUUGAAAGGAAAAUAAGUUUUCUAGUUUUUUCUUUUUACAGAGAAAUUGGAAACCAUCUUUCUCCUUUCACUAAAAUCCAACAACUAUAGAAAUGGACAAAUACAUAAAACUCCUAUUAAUACAGUGACUCGUAUCGCAUUCUCGUA